AUCCAUGUGUUCUAAAAUGGAACUUAGCUUACCUUCUUAAAAACUUCAUAAAGUUAUACAGCCAUGAGAAUGCCUGUUUCUCAAAAUGGCAACAAUAUACCUAUCUAACGAGAUUCAAACAUCACCGAGUGAGAUGAACAGAAAAAAAAAAAGAUUUCGAUUUGCAAUAUGCAUCUUGUUCUAAUUUAGGUCUAAAUAUAUGUGCAGUAUGAAUACAGAAUAUGUAGAAUUCUUUGAAGGGAUGUUCUUGGGGCAUAUCCUGAAUGUGUCAAAUGCAUCAAGAGGAAAUCACCCGGCAACACCGACACCAAAAUGCAGUGCCCCCACUUCUGCCUCUAGCAACAGCUAUCUCCUCAUCAAUGUAAAACCAGAUAAAGAAGGGAUCUUUGGUGCUUGGUUCCUUGUCUUCUUUUUGCCCAAGAUUUAUCUCCAAGGGAUUAAAAGGUCCAAUCUUGAUGCGAAUUCGUUCAAAAAUGAAGGCCAAAAUUCUAUUCUUCCAUGAAAAUCCGCCUUCAAAAGUCAAGAACCCAAUGGGCCCAAGAUAUACUCCAUUUUCAAUCCUUCUUGCCUGACGUUUCAAGACAUCAACAAUUAGUUUCUGAAGUUGCAAAAAGGCAAUAGAACAACUAUGCUUAU